GGGUCAGAAGCGUAGAGGCGGCGGCAAAAUGGCGGCGCCUGAGGAGCGGGAUCUAACCCAGGAGCAGACCGAGAAGCUGCUGCAGUUUCAGAUGGACUUUUUAAACAGAAGGGAAGAAGAAUCCCCCAAAGUAGGAAUGAACAAGGAGGACCGUUCUCUCACUUCCAUACCCACAGGAUCUGACUGGCAUAGAAUCUAUGGAUCAGUGUCGCCAUACCUUGGAACAGCAUAACUGGAACAUAGAGGCUGCUGUACAAGAUAGACUGAAUGAGCAAGAGGGUGUACCAAGUGUUUUCAACCCACCACCAUCCCGACCCCUGCAGGUUAAUACAGCUGACCACAGGAUCUACAGCUAUGUUGUCUCAAGACCACAGCCAAGGGGGCUGCUUGGAUGGGGUUAUUACUUGAUAAUGCUUCCAUUCCGGUUUACCUAUUAUACAAUACUUGAUAUAUUUAGGUUUGCUCUUCGUUUUAUACGACCUGACCCUCGCAGCCGGGUCACUGACCCUGUUGGGGACAUUGUUUCAUUUAUGCACUCUUUUGAAGAGAAAUAUGGGAGGGCACACCCUGUCUUCUACCAGGGAACGUACAGCCAGGCACUUAAUGAUGCCAAACGGGAACUCCGCUUUCUUUUGGUUUAUCUUCAUGGAGAUGAUCACCAGGACUCUGAUGAGUUCUGUCGCAACACACUAUGUGCACCUGAAGUUAUUUCACUAAUAAACACGAGAAUGCUCUUCUGGGCAUGCUCUACAAACAAACCUGAGGGAUACAGGGUCUCACAGGCUUUACGAGAAAACACCUAUCCAUUCCUGGCCAUGAUUAUGCUGAAGGAUCGGAGGAUGACUGUGGUAGGACGGCUAGAAGGCCUUAUCCAGCCUGAUGACCUCAUUAACCAGCUGACAUUUAUCAUGGAUGCAAACCAGACUUACCUAGUGUCAGAACGUCUAGAAAGGGAAGAACGAAACCAGACCCAGGUGCUGAGACAGCAACAGGAUGAGGCAUACUUGGCAUCUCUCAGGGCUGACCAGGAGAAAGAGAGAAAGAAGCGGGAGGAGCGAGAGCGAAAACGGCGGAAGGAGGAAGAGGUACAGCAGCAGAAGUUGGCAGAGGAGAGGCGGCGGCGGAAUUUACAAGAGGAGAAGGAAAGGAAAUUGGAGUGCCUGCCCCCGGAGCCUUCCCCUGAUGACCCUGAGAGUGUCAAAAUAAUUUUCAAACUACCCAAUGAUUCUCGAGUAGAGAGACGAUUCCACUUUUCACAGUCUCUAACAGUAAUCCACGACUUCUUAUUCUCCUUGAAAGAAAGCCCUGAAAAGUUUCAGAUUGAAGCCAAUUUUCCCCGGAGGGUGCUGCCCUGCAUUCCUUCAGAGGAGUGGCCCAAUCCCCCCACACUGCAGGAGGCCGGACUCAGCCACACAGAAGUUCUCUUUGUUCAGGACCUAACAGAUGAAUGACACUUUUUUUCCUCUCCUCCUCUCCUACCCCAAUCCCUAAAAGAAAUGGAAAACAAAAAAAAAAAAAGAGAGAAAUUCAUAUUAUUAUUAUUAUAAUACAAUAUUUUUUUUAAAAGACUGCUGCAUCCUAAGGAAGGAUCAAAAACCAUGCUGCCUGCAAGAGUCACCACCUGUGUGUGUGCAUGAGGUUAGCAAUGAACGUUUCUGUUGGCAAGCCCACCCUUCCCUACUGCCUCUGCACCACGCACCUUCCAACGAAAGGAGACUCUUCACCUUCAACCCAGCCAUGUCUCAACUGGGGAAGGGGACAUUCCCACUAGUUCUCAUUCAUUCUUGCUUUUAUGGAAUAUAAAAGUGAAACAAACCUCCAUCAACCAGCUACUGCAGCAUCUCCCGAAGACUUGCUUCUCCCACCUCUGGAGAAGAGAGGGAAGAGAAGGCACAGAGCAGAGAUGUUCCUUUUACUUCCAACAGCUUAUGAAUAACUUUAAAUUUUUUUUCUAUUGCUCUGUAAUGACCAAAGGAAUGAGGCUGACAUAGGUGUAUUUUUUUUCCCUUAACAUUAUUUGAUAAAGAGCCAAUUCUUAAACCCAUGAGUUCAUGCCCUGGGCUCCUCCCCACCAGAGUGUAAUAAAGGUGCCCUGGGCUGGUUUGUGCUUA